AUGGCAGCUGGUUGGAUGUCAGACGGUGGAAAGCUCGAGAUAGCAACCUCCAUAAAGCCUGAGCCUGUCAACAUUCAUGGGCCAGAGCCAUACCCGGACACCCACGAGACCACCAAUCCGUUAAUGUUAGGCUAUCGGCAAACCUCAUUGGAUACGAGACUGGGCUCUCUGUGUGAUGUGGUGCUCCAGACCGUCGUUGAUGACGAGAAGUACGGGUUUAUUCAUGCCGCCUCUGGCGCUCGUGACGCCACCGACAACGGUUCGAGCCUUGGAGAUUACACAAGAGGGGCGGCACUCGGCCAUGGCAGGCUUUGGCAGCUUCGCCAACACGAACAUCACUGGUCAGUCAUCUCUCCCCUGCAUCGUACACACCCUCGUACACACACCGACCAAACCCCAAAUCUGGGGGCCGAGCAGAUCCCCAGCAGGCGUGGGGCGGGGGCCUCAUGUCUUCAUGGUGCUGUCACACUUUUGCCUCUCCCGCAUUCUCCUAUCAAACCGUCCAGGUGCAUAUGA